UUCCCCAUCUCUUUACGGCCCUUCACUCCUCCUCACGGUGGGAUUUCCACCAAGGCUCAGCCAUGCGGAUCCUCCAGCUGCUCUUUGCAAUCAUGGUCAUGCUCCUCCUCCAGGAUGUUCCCGAAGCCAGAGGUCUUUCGGACAGCCAGCAGUGCAGGAACAACCGUGGCCACUGCCGGAGGCUUUGCUUCCACAUGGAGCGCUGGGCAGGGAGCUGCAGCAAUGGUCGCCAGCGCUGCUGCAGAUGAAAGCAGCCACACCAGG